GCUAGUUUUCGCUAUCCCAAACUGGCAACACUGGCAGCUAAUCGCGAGUUUGCAGUGAGGCUGACCAAAGAGGCAGUUGACCGCCUUAGCUGGGCCUGCGAUGCAACCUAUUCGCCAUUGGUUCUGCCAUCACUGCAAGGGCAGGCUGUAGCACAGCUCAUGCAGGAAGUUGUGCGACUUGCGGAAGCAGGAAUUGAGAAGGUGGGAUCCUGGAACAGCAUUUUUUUUCAUAGUAGUGUACAAAAACUCGCUUCUGAAAUUGCGAUACUGACCCAGUCAGCUGGACUAAGCGAUUACUUCCAGUCCGGCAUAGCACGUAAUAUUCAUGAAUUGAAUGAAGCAGUCGACCAAUUCAUUGAAGUUUGGGAAUACGAGACCUCAGUUGGCUUACAAGAAUACGCGGGGGCGAUAAAGAGAGCUUGCGCAAAUAUUCGUUCCCUGAUCUCUCAGGCGGCGCUUACUCUAUCUUCAUCCUCCUUUGUCACAAAUGACACUGUCCUUAGCCAUUUAGAGGAGUCCGCUAAAUGCGCCAACGAGGAAAAGUUGGUAUUGGCAGUAGAAGAAAUUCAGGUAGCUCUAUCUAGACUAAUCAUUCACCGUGUAUUGAUGUUAAAUGCAUACAAACUGUGUAGAAGGGGUGAAAAAGCACAGCAAACAUCAGAUCUGAUUGAUUCUGCCCUCUGCCUUUGCGGUGUGUGGGCGGAUUCGAAUACGGUGCGUUUGGUGAGGGUCACUGCCAAUGACUUGGAACAACUCGCUCCUCAAUUGAUAAAUGCCUCUAAGGCUCUUACUCUGAGAAGCCAGUCCUCAGUAAGCACACACUUCCGCUGUUAA